AUUCCCUUUGUCUAGUCUUUUUUCUGCCAGAUACGUACAAUCGAAUUCACGCCGUUCUCGAAUUCUUGCGGCAGAGUGCGAUUCGAGCAGUAACCCAUGCAGGCCAGGGCUUCAUCAAGGCUGUUUUCAGGCCCUCUUGGGAAGACAAUUCUAAUCAGGCAAGACCCUCAUUGCGAUGGCAUCUAUUUCACGGAGCUACUCCCCAAAACGCAUAUGCCUCCGAAGCAAUACAAGCAGCCUCGUGGAAGACGACGUGGACGCCACAUUGACGCCAACUGUCCUGCCAACUGUCAUCAGUGAAACGUCCAUUGCCUCCGCAACCGACGAGACGACUGUGCUCGAAACAUCUGAUGAACCGUCCACCGAUGGGCCCAGAGAGACUGCAGAGCAGAUCCCUCAGAUAUCGCCGGGUUCAUCAUCGGGUUCAGCACCGACUCAAACUGCGGUAUCCGUUGAACCAACUCCCAAGACCCCUGGACUCGCAGGGCUACAACUCUCCACUGGCAGCCCGGACGGGAGCAAUGCAGGGCUUGUUGCUUCCACUGAAGCUUCUGAAGAGGAUGUCAACCCUCAGGAGACUUCAGCGCCAAUACGCGUCAAUGACGAGGUCACAGAGACCACUCAGGCCGGGAACCUGGCAUCGUCAACUGAGAGUAUCUCCAAGACAGGCAUUCUAAGCAGACCAGAGCCUUCAUCUACGCCUGAGCCUAAAAGUGAUGGUGGCGGUACCUUCACCAGAACCGACGACGGCCCGACCAACACUGUCGAAUUGCCGCCCGUAGUCUCAACUGGCGCAGCUACUGAGGGCGGUGAUCUAUCGAAAGAAGGCCCCAUCGAGCCCCCCAAGGCGCCUGCUCCAGGGACCGAUCAAGGCGGAGGCCAAGGAAACAGCGACAACGGUCCGGGAGACCAAAGGAAGGGGGACAACGGCGACACUGCGGGCAGGAAUGAUCAAAAUCAAGAAGACGCCGCACCACCUGCUGAUGUCAGUGACGAAAAUGAGACUGGUGGCACUGAACCUGAACCGAACACUUCGGAACGAGAAAAGGAGACCCAACCAGCAGCUGACAAUGGCGAACCAGGGAAGGGAGGCAGCCCCGGGAUAACGCGGACAGGAACGGCCGUGCUAUCUUCACCGACAGACAUUUUCUCCGGCGGAGACGAUGGCGGCAGCACAGAUCGAGAGCUGGCAGGGUCAGCUGGAGGAAAUAAUGGACUCUCAGGUCCCCAAAAGGCUGGCAUCAUUGUGGGCAGCGUCAUUGGCAGUGCCAUCCUUUUUGCACUCAUCGCGUUCCUCAUCUGGUACAUGCGAAAACGAAAACGCGAUCGCAAGUAUCAGUACGUGAUCAAGACGCCUAUGGUCGAGCAACCGCCCACACUGGACCCGAUACCUCGCUCAGCACGCUUGACCGAAGCUGUGGCCAACAUGUUCAAGCCGACUACGACCUCGGAUAUGAGCUCGCGGGUCGAUCUGAGUCGUGGCAAUUCCCAAUUUUCGACAGAUGGGCAGCGCAGAUCGCGAGCCUUGUCAGCAGUACCCAUUGGCGUAAACGGCCAUCCUGCCAGGAACGGCCAAGAUACUACUUGGCCCUCGGAUCCAGGCUCGCUACCAGUGUACAACGCCAGUCUGAUGGCUGGCAACACAAGUACUGGCCCAUCACUCACGAACGGCAACGCGGUGCCCCAGCUUAGCGACCCCUUUGCGGACACCAAUGCUAUCGCGACCUCGAGCCGGCAACCUGCUGAUCCCUUUCAUGACUCACAAGCGAUUCCAAAGAGCCCACGUCUGUCUCUCCUCCCUACUUGGGACCCGAGAACCGCUCGACCACGUGGUUCCACGACUGGAAGCAUGCGCCAGACUUCUGUGCAGCCUGUCCAGCCGGGCGCAUCGCCUCCCAUCAAGACGCGACCGACUGCCGCAACGCCAGGACGAACCAAUGUCCGGUCGGAUCAGUUCGAUUUGGAAAUCGCGUGUCCGCCCGCGGCUUCGAUCCCUCCUGUGCCACGAUUGCAACGCCACGAGAGCUACACCUCGCAAGUGAGCAGUCUCAGUAACUAUAGCCAGUCGGAUUACCAAAAUGGCGCGAGGGUUUCGCGGUUUGGCGAGGCGUUGUAGCCGGGAACGGUAUCCAGGGGACUGCCGUAUAAAGACGAGGAAGCACGGAGUUUGGGUGCGCAUUACAACAGAUAUAUACCACGGGGUGCUUGGUCCAGGUUGCACAUGAUACCACGCUCACUAGCUACGUUUGCGAGAAUAGCGGGACUAUGACUUGCUUCAAUGACUUUAUGUUAUCAUGGAUCCGCCGACGUGAACAUGAAUGAUGGGAACUAUUGCAUUUGGACAAGACUAAGGCAGUCGCUCUAAAGGGUGGUGGCGCGAAGAUGGAGCGAAACCAGCGCGUGACAUCACCCCGGGC